AUGCCUGCGUUGACCUCUGGACCGAGCGCUGCACAAAACACGCCCCGUCGCAAGCUGGGAGGAUACGACUUCUACCGCGAAGUCUUAGGUAGUCCGAAGUAUGUCGUAGCGCCGAUGGUCGAUCAGAGCGAGCUGGCAUGGCGGAAGCUUUCCCGACGCUAUGGGGCGCAACUCGUAUACACGCCGAUGAUCAAUGCCAAGAUGUACGCCGGGGACAAAUCAAAAGCCUAUCGCGAAACCAACUUCAACCUCACGCAGGGCGAAGAAGGCGGACCCGAGGACCGGCCACUCAUCAUCCAAUUUUGCGCCAACGACCCUGAUCAGCUCCUCACCUCCGCACUCGCCCUACAAGGUCAUUGCGACGCCGUGGACAUCAACCUUGGGUGCCCCCAGGAUAUUGCGAAAAAGGGCCGGUACGGAUGCUGGUUGCAGGAUAACUGGGAUCUGAUAUAUAAAAUGAUCAAUACCCUGCACGAGAACCUGUCCGUUCCUGUUACCGCCAAGUUCCGUGUCUUCCCAACAGUGGAGAAGACAGUAGAGUACGCGAAGAUGCUCGAACGAGCGGGUGCGCAGAUCCUCACCUGUCACGGGCGGACGCGGGAGCAGCGAGGGCAUAAUUCAGGCCUGGCGGACUGGGCGAAGAUACGCGCAGUCAAGGAGGCUGUUUCCGUUCCCGUAUUCGCGAACGGGAACGUCAUGUUCCACUCCGACAUCGAGCGCUGUCUGCGAGAAACGGGCUGCGAUGCCGUCAUGAGCGCUGAAGGUAAUCUGUAUAACCCGACCAUCUUCCUCCCAUCUUCCUCCUCUUCAUUCCUACACUCCCCCUCUCUGUCCGCCUCUGACGCCGACGCGAUCGCGACCGCUCUAUCCGGUACGUACCGACCGCACGCCGAUCUCGCGCUGGAGUACCUCGACAUUGUCACCUCUCAGAAGACUCGAACGUCAUUUAGCGCGAUCAAGGGUCACCUCUUCAAGCUUAUGCGACCCGCGCUUGCGCGAGAGCGGGAUCUGCGGGAGAAGAUGGGCAGGAUCAGGUCGUCGACGGUGGAGGACUACGUCGAGGUGGUGAAGGAGAUGAAAGCGCGUAUGGAGCGUGAUAUGGCCGCUGCGGGGGACGCGCCGCUGGAGCAGCUCGUCACGAUCGAGCCGACGACGGGACUACCGGUCCUCCCACAUUGGCUCGCGCAACCGUAUUGGCGGCCGUUACCGAAGCCGAAGGAGGCCCCGCCGGAGGCAGCAGCUGUAGAGCAGGAGGCGACGCCCGCAAGCAAGAGACGGAUAGAAGAAGCAGUCAGCGAGGGAGAAGGAGUGGAAGAGAGUAAGAAGGCUCGGAAGGACGUUGUGGGAUCAACGGCGUCGGCGAUACCAGGCCCAGUCGUGGCAGGAGAUCCGCUGCCUGUGACGGCUGUGGUAACUUAGAUUGCGUCUUUUUAUCUCGGCCCUAACUGGAGGCUCGUCUUAUUGUACUGACCGCC